AUGGACCUGAUCCCAAGCUUUUCCAUGGAAACCUGGCUUCUUCUGGCUAUCAGCCUGGUGUUCCUCUACCUAUAUGGGACCUCCACACAUGGACUUUUUAAGAAGCUGGGAAUUCCUGGGCCAACACCUCUGCCUUUUGUGGGAACUGCUCUGGCCUACCGUAAGGGUUUUUCUGGUUUUGACGAGAAAUGUUUUAGAAAGUAUGGAAGAUUUUGGGGGUUUUAUGAUGGGCGACAGCCUGUGUUGGCUAUCACGGAUCCGGACAUGAUCAAAACAGUACUAGUGAAAGAAUGUUAUUCUGUCUUCACAAACCGGCGGUGUUUUGGUCCAGUGGGAUUUAUGAAAAGUGCAAUCUCUUUGUCUGAGGAUGAAGAAUGGAAGAGAAUGCGAACAUUGCUGUCUCCAACCUUCACUAGCGGAAAGCUCAAGGAGAUGUUCUCCAUCAUUGGCCAGUAUGGAGAUGUGUUGGUGAGGAACCUGAGGAAGGAGGCAGAGAAAGGCAAGACCAUCAUCUUGAAAGACAUCUUUGGGGCCUACAGCAUGGAUGUGAUUACCAGCACAUCGUUUGGAGUGAACAUUGAUUCCCUCAACAACCCACAGGAUCCCUUUGUGGAAAAUACUAAGAAGCUCUUAAAAUUUGAUUUACUUGAUCCAUUUUUCUUCUCAAUAUCACUGUUUCCAUUCCUUAUCCCAGUUUUUGAAAUAUUAAAUAUCUGGCUAUUUCCAAAACGUGUUACUGAUUUUUUCAUGAAAUCUGUAAAAAGGAUGAAGGAAAGUCGCCUCAAAGAUAAACAAAAGCACCGAGUGGAUUUUCUUCAGCUGAUGAUUAACUCCCAGAAUUCCAAAGAAAUAGACACCCAUAAAGCUCUCUCUGAUCUGGAGCUCGUGGCCCAAUCUAUUAUCUUUAUUUUUGCUGGCUACGAGACCACUAGCACUUCUCUUUCCUUCCUUGUGUAUGAAUUGGCCACUCACCCUGAUGUCCAGCAGAAAUUGCAGGAGGAGAUUGAUGCAACUUUCCCCAAUAAGGCAUUGCCCACUUAUGAUGCCCUUCUACAGAUGGAGUAUCUGGACAUGGUGUUGAAUGAGACUCUCAGAUUAUACCCAAUCGGUGGUAGACUUGAGAGGGUCUGUAAGAAAGAUGUGGAAAUCAGUGGUGUAUUCAUUCCCGAAGGGAUAGUGGUGAUGGUGCCGGUCUUUACUCUUCACCGAGACCUGGAUCUCUGGCCAGAGCCUGAGGAGUUCCGUCCUGAAAGGUUCAGUAAGAAGAACAAGGACAACAUAAAUCCUUAUACAUACCUGCCUUUUGGAACUGGACCUCGAAACUGCCUUGGGAUGAGGUUUGCGAUCAUGAACAUGAAACUUGCCCUGGUCAGAGUCCUGCAGAACUUCUCCUUCAAACCUUGUAAAGAGACACAGAUCCCCCUGAAAUUAAGUACUCAAGGGUUGAUUCAACCAGAAAAACCCAUUGUUCUCAAGGUUGAGCCAAGAGAUGGGAGUGUGGACAGAGCCUGACUUUCUCUAAGGACUUCCCCUUUGUUCUUCAAGAAGCUGUGUCCCAGAUCACCAGAGACCUCAAUUUUCUUUGUGAGUAAAACCCAGAAAUGAAGAUGGCCUUCAUGUACUGCCCAUGAUGGGUGACUAGGGAUUCCAUACAUUCAUUUGGCUUUUUUGGUGUCUGUGUGGAGCAUUAUAGAUUGUGGAGAGUGAAGGAGGUGGUAAUAAUUGCCAGAGAUGUAGACUCAGCCUGUCUGGUUCACACAGACUACCCCCAGUUAGUACCAACUUCUCCCCUGAGCACAGAUCAAGAAUAAAACUUUCUCAACAAUUUUAUCAACAAACUUUAAUGAAAACAAGAAUUAGUGUCAUGACUGUGCUAGAGACAUUUAUAUCAUAUGCCUUACUUUGAAUAUUUUACGUUAACUAUCACACUGAGCCAGUCAAUCAACACCUCUUUACAAAAGUAUUAACUGAUGGUUUUGUGCACAUUAAGGGGGAAUCCGUAGAACUGAUGAGUGAGAGCCAGCGACUGAAUGGUUUGACCAUCACAGUCACUGGGUGGCUGGAGCUUGUUCAGAACUCCAAUGUGGUAUGUUAAGAUAGGUGAGAGUUGGGGCACCUGGGUAGCUCAGUCAGUUGAGCAUCUGCCUUCAGCUCAGGUCAUGAUCCCAAGGUCCUGGGAUGGAGUUCCACGUCGGGCUCUGUGCUCAGCAGGGAGUCUGCUUCUUCCUCUCCCUCUGUGCCUCCUCCUGCUCAUGCUCUCUCUCUCAAAUAAAUUAAAAAAAAAAAAAAAGAUAGGUGAAAGUUAAUCCACUGUGACUUUGCCCAUGGCUCAGAAAGUAUAUUCAGAGUUUAACUCUACAGGUUUUGGAGCAUAUAUUUUUUAUAACUCUCUAUUGAGACACUUAGUAUUAUAUGAUUCAUUUUCAUCUCAUCUGCCCUUAUGUUCUGGUAGGCAGGGAACAUGCUUUCUCUUUGUGUUCCAGCCUCAGCUCCCAAUUGUCCUAACACAGUGAACAUGGUUUCAGAGAUAGUUGAUUGGCCAGUUGAUUGGACAGAAAGGCUAAAAGCAUUUGCUCAUUUCAGCUGGUAUCAGAAGCUGCACAGGAUUCUUCCUUUUCCUUCCCUCCCCUCCCCAUUCCUUCUUUCCCUUCUCUCUUCUCUUGCUUUGCUUUCUUCCUAGAUAAUUCAGUCCUAAAGCCAUAGGUGGGGCAUAACCAGGUAGACAGCCCCACAGUGGGGGUCAGAGGUAGAGAAGGGAGUCACAGUGACUCCAGGUUAGAAAAUGAGUAGGGUGAAGAGGGUGUCCACAUGGAAGAGCAGCCUGGCAUGGGUGUGGGAGCCCAAGGUCGGUGAGAAGGGUGCCCACACAGAGGGUUGGUCUGGCGAGAGCUCCUGAAGCCUAACUACAAUGUGAAGAACCCAAGUAGCAUGGUGGGGGCAUACAUGAGUGUGAAGGGAUGGAGUGAGGGUUAGUUACAUGAAAGGGGAUUGAUCAAGUAAGUAAAUAUAUUAAAGCUACAUGGUUUCAGGAGUUUCUCAAUGUUGGAGAAGUGUCAUGCUUUCCUAUGAAUACAUGAUAAGAUUGGUAGAGAGAGAUAGAAAUGUGUGUGUUUGUCUUUGUGUAAAAACACAUAUCCCCUACCUCUCUCCACAGACAGUUCUUAGAAACAUGACAUUGUAAGAGCAAUGAGCAUACCUUGUGCCCAUUUUUGGCUUAUAAAUGUCAUUUUCGACUGCAAGGAACUAGGGCUUUUCAGAGAAAUGGCUGAUUCCAGGCUGGGAGAGCACAUGAUGAGCCUGAAGCAUCUUGUGCUACACAGGGGAUGGGGACACAUCCACAGGACACAGAGCUAACGUGAGGGGUUUCACCCACCCAUCAGGCACGAUUUGGGCAUCACGGUCACUAAUGAUAGGAAGAGAUUGUAACCCAUUGAAUAAAACUGGAAAAUCGAGUACAUACAUGUAGAAAGAAAUACAGGGAUAGAUUACAAUUGAAGAGGACACUCACACAGUUUUAAAGUACUACAGCUGAGACAGCCAUGAGUUACUGAGGAAAGAGCAGCUCACAGAGCGGAGACCUGGCAAACCAAUGAGCCUCAUCAGGAACAGGAGGAAGUGAUGGAGCAUCACCUGAAGGAUGUGGUGAAAAGAACCCAGCGUCACCUCGGGGAUAUUCUUGCCAAGGAGGCAAACCUGAAAAGAAAUCCCAAGAAUUGUCAGAUAAACCAAAAUAAAGGACUAUCUACUCCCAAUCUGUAACUGGUGUGUAAUCUUCUACAAAGUCACAGUCCUGAAAAUGAUAAAAAAGAAAAAAACAAGCCAGGAUUGGAGUCACUUGCCCCCCCAACCCCACCACACAGCAAACAAUGCCUAAUUACCUCGAUUGAAUAUCCCAGGAAUCAUGGAAUACUACAUCAAAAACUAAUGAUGUAAUGUAUGGUGAUUAACAUAACAUAAUAAAAUAAAAUAAAUGAUUAUAAAAAAUAGAAAAAACCCAAAAUAAAUUAAGCAAACAAAAAGUAUUUAUUGCCAGAUCUAAGUGAAAUACUGGAGAGAAUUGUUCAGGUAGAAGAAAAACCUAGAUGGAAAGAUUGAAAUGAUGAAAAGAGGUACUGUGUAGGUAAAUCCAAUGAAUGUUAAGUGAUUAAGACAGUAACAGUGUCUUUUGGGUGUUUAUAAUAUAUGUAUAAUU